CACCAACCCAACCAGUUAUCCAACGGCCCCCGCGUAGAACGUACUGCCGCGCUUCUUAACUUCCAACCGUAAAAUGUAUCAAAAUGGUCGUUUCUAAACUCGAAAAAUGCCUUCGUUACUUUAAAGUGACAGAGACUAUAGCGUUAUUCGUCGAACCUAAUCAUCCUAAGCGGUUUUUUAAAUACAGUUGACCAAAGUUUAACGUUCCGCCGUUUGGAACACUUUAAAACUUGAAAUUGGACAUUCGAAGUUCGAAAUUUGAAAAUUGACUCAAUAAUGGCGAGCAAUAAAUACGCGCGUGUUCAUUCUUAUGGGAGCAUGAGCUCAAGAAGUGACGACGAUAUGGUGGUGCAUUCGCAACUCUACCCUUAUCCGAAGAAAAUGGUGGUGCAGCGAGAGAUUUUGUAUGAAGAGGAGCAUCCUCCGUUCCAACCUUUAAUAGCCACUGAGAGGUUGUUUGGAAAGACUCGUUUUACUUUUCUGCUGCUGAGUUAUGUGGCGUUCUACUUUGUCUAUCUGAUUUCUGGUGCAUUGGUGUUCUCGGCGUUGGAAGCACCCAUGGAAAACCAGGUGCGGUUGGAUGUGAUUAGAGCGAAGCAGGAUUUUAUGAUGCGGCAUCCGAAUAUAUUAGCUGACGACCUGGAAUCGCUGAUAGAAGUGGUGGUGCGAGCCACCAACCAGGGAGUGCCGGCGGCGCAGAACGUGAGCGGCGGACCCAACUGGAGCUUCGGACAGUCGCUGUUCUUCUCUUCUACUGUCAUUACUACUAUCGGCUACGGCCACGUGACCCCCCUCACCAAGAUGGGCAAGCUGUUCUGUAUGCUAUACGCAGUGCUGGGUAUCCCGCUGACCCUGAUCCUGCUCUCGGCGCUGGUGGAGCGACUGCUGCUGCCAGCCACGGCGCUGCUGCGGACCAUGAACGCUGAGCUUGGCCACCUCUACAGACCCUUUACUAUACGGCUGGUGCACCUUUCAAUUAUUGUGACGUUCCUGGUGGUGUUCUUCCUCGUCAUUCCAGCUGCAAUCUUCGCCUCCCUUGAGCCAGGUUGGGACUACCUGGACUCGUUCUACUACUGCUUCAUUUCGCUGACCACCAUAGGCCUGGGCGACUACAUUCCUGGAGACUCACCUGGGCAGGAGUACCGCCCCUUGUACAAAGUGGCUACUACUUUCUUCCUACUGGCCGGGCUGACUUUCCUCAUGCUGACAUUAACCGUUUUCUACGACAUCCCGCAACUGAACCUCAGCACAGUCUUCUCCUCCGUGAAGCUCGACGAGGACCCGGAGAAGAUGCGUCUCAGUGGCUCCGGCGUCAUGGGCCCCGGCUACGGUAUCGGUGGCCUCGUCAUGAGGGACGACUACAACCACCAUGACCAGCGCCGGUCCGUCGUACACAUUCGGCCACAUUUGGACGACAGUCCCAGCCCUGAGGACACCACGCCUGUCCAUGCUAGGGAUAUGAGGGUGCCCCAUGUCCAUUAAGCUGUUGUUGGACUUGCCUGGCAAAAUGAACAAAUUUAAACCAAAAGAAACAGUGAGUAGAUCUUCAUUGAGAAGGGACAAAGAUCUAGAAAGUAAAAAAGAUCGAUCAGAGAGUCAGAUUGGUUUGCUCUUGCUGUUUUUUGCUUGCACUGCAAUUCACGAGAUACCUACGUUUGUUUUGGAGUACGCGAUUUUAAAUUUUGCCUAGGCAUGUCUUACAGUGUCAGGACAAUUGGCUGUAUUGACAGCAUUUGCAAGGGAACAAAAAAAAUGUCAUUGCCAAUUAGGAAUCUCUUCACACUUCAGGAUUCCUAAGUCUAUGACUGUUCCCUGACAAAAUGCUACGUAAAAAAAAUUCUGACAAUCAUUUCUUUUUAUGUAAUGAAUUUGGCACGGAGCUAUUGGAUUGGCAUAAUUCGAAUUCCACCUAUUUAUGUAAAAAAAUAUAGUUCAUAUAGUAUUUCUUAUAUAAUGUUUGAAAUAUAUUUCAAUCUAUUUAAUACAUGACUAUGCUCUUUUUUAUAAGAGCGCAUUAUUGCGGUAGGUAUGGUUUUAAUUUACCUAAUUGUUUUGAGUAUGAAAAUGAUUUCUUCUAUAAAUAUAAUUUUUGAUAUUAUGACAAAGGUUUCAUUAUCAGUUAAAAACUAUAUAUAAUACAUAAAAAAGACCAUCAAACCAACUAACUUUAACAGCUUAAAAUUAAAAGAUUGUUGUUUCUUAUAAAAAGUGUCAAAGUAGGUAUCCAUACGUUUAUACCGUGCGAAUAGGUAAAUCCUCUUUUCCGCACUUGUAUCGUAAAUAUUUAUUUCGAUGUAGACGGUAGACCUUCGGGCGCCCUCAGGAGUGAAAUGCGCCGAAAAUGCCUACUUUGGUACCUAUGUGUAUCUAAUUCGUGCAAGGAAAAUGUCAUCUAUGUUUCCUGCAUGUUUGUACAGAACUUUACAAAAUUAGUGUUGUAGAUAUGUCAAUAAAAAACAGAUUAAUAUUAAAAUGGCUCUAAAAUUAAACUCUGGAGAAAUCGCAUAAGUUCAUAACGAAUUUCUUAAUUUUGAAUGCGCAGUCUUCAAAUAGAUACUUACAUGCUUCAAAUAUGUGACGUACCUAAAUUAUUUCACAAACAUUGCACACGCUUUCACUUGUUUCCAGCGCAUUAUAUCGAUGACCGUCCUCUUAAAAAACUAACAGUGAUGUUAACAUACAGAUGUAGUGCAUAAUUGUUUUCCAUCGUAUUUUCUCGGAAACGUUCGUAUUUAUCAUGUUACUUCAGUCAACCUCAGUACUUUUUGUACUGAGACUGAGACUUGCAAGACACGUUCGUACGUUUCCGUGAAAAUACGAAGGAAAAUAAUUAUGCACUACUUACAUCUGUACCUACAUACCUAAUACCUUGGAAAAUUCGUCGAAUUCACAACCGCUGGUGAAACUAGCUGAACUGAACACGUUAAGACUGACAAGGAUUUAACAAAUUUUCGCACUUUUCUAUUUUCACAUUAGAUUUUGUAUGGGGACUAAAUGAACAUAAAAAUUUUUUCAAAAAAGUAGGUACCUACUCCGUUUCAGAGGGUAGUGCAAACUUAUCUGUCGAUCGUGUCUUUUUUUGCUCAAUACAGACUCAACCUUAACGUCUGUUAUUAUAAAUUAUAAAAAGGUAACUUACUUAUUUACUAUUUCAUUCCAGUACAUACCCUAAAAUUCUCACAUUAGAAGUAGCACUAUUAAGAACUUAUAUCAUGCAAAAAACUACGUAAAUUAUUAAAAAACGAUGACAUUAUACAGUUUAUAUCCGCUAUCCUUAUGUGCUAGGUAUGGCAGUAAAUAGACUGAACAACUUUAAUCAUUCUGAUAUCGUCGGGUGACAAGCAAAAGUCACUAACUAACACCAUUGAAAUUAUUGGACAAUAAACCAUGUUACAAGUGUAAUAAAGUGCAUUGUUACUUUAAUUUUUUGAUAGUACUUAGUGACUUUUGCUUGUCACCCGACGAUAUGUAAUUGUGUAUACGGUUUACGGCGGUAUUGUAGCAUGAUCCUAUGGAAUGAAACCAAUGAUGGUAAUAAUUCGACCAUUUUUUAAUUACCAUUUAAAGAAAAGUGAUUUUUAAAUAAUAAUUGGAAAAUAAUUCAGAUUUCUCAAACCAACCACCAAACAUACAUACAUACAUACAUACAUACAUACAUACAUAGUCUGUCGCCUCAGUUUUAUUGUAUGACCAACUUCUUAAUUAGAAUCUCUCAUUUAUUUACAUACAAUAUAUAUACAGUGGUACAACUAAACGAAAUUAAUAACUUGCUUAAAUCUAAAAUCUUGAAGUUUAUUAAAUUCACAUUAAGCUAAGCAGAAUUUUUGACGAUGCAUUCUUACUUUUCAAGUCACUAAAAUAUUUGUUCAUACUCUCAUAAUCCAUUUCCGUCAGUAAAAGAGGUGGCAGAUUUGAAAAGUGCAGGGUUGGUCUCCAAUCAAAAAAUAAAAACACGCCAUUUAUCUGACAUAAUAAUGUUGGCCAAACUAUAGUACCUAACUAUCAUGUAGGUUUGUAGGUACUUUAGCUACAAAUUAGACGAAAAAAAUACUUACAUACACAGUUUAUAAGUACCUACAAUAUUAAGUAUAUUAAUAGGUACUAGUUAAAAGGUACACCAUUCUUUAUUGAAGUAAAUAUUAAUUACAUACAAAUAAUAAUGGUAUAUGUGCUGUAAGUAUACACGAAAUUUAAAUUAUCUUGUACCUAUUUACCUAAAGUUUAUUUACAUUGUAUUAACGUACGUAUCAAUUCGGUGUGAUAGUUGACCAAUAAUUUAGUAGAUUAUCAGAGAUUAUCAAAAAUAUAUAUUAUACAUGUAAUUAUCUUUAUUUAAAUCCUUCAAUGAUAAUAUAGUAAGAAACGUAGAAUGUUGUGGCGUAAAACGCAAUUUAAUUUGUACGUAGAUAAACGCUUUUAGCCCAUAGGUUUUGUAAUUAUAUAUAUCACCAGGGAAGCUUAUACCGAAAAUUAACCGUUACUUUAUCCUUAUGAUUUCAUGAUUACUUAUGUUCUGUAUUAUGUAUUUGGGAAGAAUGGGAAGUAUAAUGUGCAUUUAAAUUCCCAAAAAGACGUACCUACAGAUGUAUAUUAUAUAUAGUGCAUAAUUAUUUUCCAUCGUAUUUUCUCGGAAACGUUCGUAUUUUUCAUGCUAAGUACUUUAACAACGCCAGUACUUUUUGUACCGGGACUGACUGAAAUAGCAAGACACGUUCGUACGUUUCCGUGAAAAUACAAUGGAAAAUAAUAAUGCACUACUUACAUCUGUACUGUAGGUAGUGUAGGUACCCUACUUUUCUAUUUUGCUGUGCAGAAGGUGGUAUACAGAAAGUGAUCCCUUUUCGCCUAAACAUCACAAAUUUACCAUUUGCAUUUUAAUCUUUCAUCUAGUGUGGCUGUGACUGAUUAAAUUAAUAUCAAAUGUGAAUACAUUACUAUUUAUAAAAUCCACAAAGUACGAUUAGCAUACCUAGCAAUAGUAUAUUCCGUUCACUUUGAAUCGAAACGCAGUGACAAUAUUGUUGACUUAUGACGAAAGAAACAAAAUGUAAGUUUUUCUUAAUAAUUAUAAUGUAGGUAAACUACUACAAUUAGAAAAUUAUCAUUUGCCGCAUCUAUCUUAUUAAUCUUAAUAAUAGAUGAAAGGAAAUGAAUCAGCUGAUCGCUGAAUCGCUGAUUUAAUGUGUAGGUAUAUUGGGCAAUAUCUAUGAAAAGGGACCUUAUUGUCGAUGGCGCUUACGUCGGACAGCGUCGCGCAGCAUAGUAUUUAUAUCGGAGCAUCCUUAGUAACGGCGUAAGCGCCAUCGACAAUAAGGUCCCUUUUCAUAAAUAAUGUCACAUUAUAGUAGUGUAUUUUUUAUAAAAAAAUCCGUACCUACAUUUUUUUAUUAUUUAACGUAAAAAAUUUAAAAACCAAUGUAACAUCUGAUCGUACCUAAUUAUUGUAUAAAUUUAAAUAAAAAAUAGUAUCCUAUUAUUGUGUGAGGGGUGUUUAUUGUUCUAUUAUAUGGAUAGGAUGUGGAUAGGUACCUAAGUACCUAAGUGUUGUGCUAAGGAUUCUAUAAGUACUUACAUUAUAAAAUUGCGCUUGCGCUCGUUGGCUGCGCACAAAGUUCCGACCGCCCCUACAACAUGCAAUGAAAUAAACUUUUUAUUUUCUUAAUUAAGCACUAAUAAAAACAAAGUUAUUCGUUGAAAACAUCGUCGUUCAAAUUAUGCCUUGUUGUGGGGAUCGGCCAACGAUAAUCGCAAGCCAUUUGUUGCAAAGUCUGUAGAAGCCUUAUGCUAUUUUACGAAAAAAAAAAACUUAUAAAAAAUUUUUUUUUACUAUUAUAACUGCUUAUAGUCGAGCCACUUCGUCAGUAGAAAAGCGGCAAAUUAAAAAAAUGGAAAUGUCAUCCCAUAGAAAAUUUGACUUUCGCGCCUUUUGCCGUUUUUCUACUGACAAAGUUGUUUGACGGACUAUAAUUCCUUAUUAUUUUUAAAUAAAAAUGUAGUGGUUUAUAAGAACUAUUUCUACAGGGAGCUAUCUUCGAUUGUAAAAAAAAUCUUUACUAACGCAUGUUAUUAAAAAAGAUUUUACUGAGUAAAAGAUUUUAUUUCAAAAGUUACGAAUAAAAAUUAUAAGUAGACUUAUACAGAUAGGUAAUUAAAAUAAGUAAAUACAUCGUUUUAUAAAGUUAAGCAUCAAAAGUUGUACUGGAUAUAAAUUUAGCUGCCGUAUAAAGAUGUGUAAAGGCCAGUCCAGACGGGACAGUCAAAUAGACCAUUUGAUCAGAUAAAAAAAUUGCCCUUAACUCACUUCCUGAGGGCUAACCCCUAACAUCGAAAAAGUGAAAGAUUGUCCAUUAAAUUGACAAUUUAACCAGAUUGUGCAAAUGAUUGUCCCAUCUGAACACCCUAAUAGUGGUCACGGCAAGUAUUUAUUAGAAAAUAUUGUUAUUAUUACCGUAUACCUAACUUAAACAAAAAAUAUAAAUAACUAAUCGUUAAACUCACGUAAGUGUAGGUACAUUUUUGUGUAGAAUAGACACGUAUAAUUAUACAUUAGUGCAGAACAAUAACACAAACAUAAAAUGCUUUAAGUGGAUAACCGCAAAUCAAAUUAGACCCCAAUCUGUACCCUACUUGAAAUCAUUCAUAAAUAAACCAGCUUGAAAUGUGA